CCUCCACCAACUAUGGAAUAACCCAGAAAAUCCUUGCAGAUCUUCAGGUUUAUAAAUAACGAGUCUCCCAAAACCAUUCACAUCAAAAUUCGUUUUCUUCAUAUUCUACUUACCAACCAUCAAACACCAAGCCAUGGUUUCUGCUUAUUUUUCUUCUUCCAAUGUUUCAGCCUUGCUCGUUUUCCUCUUCAUGAUGAGCACUUCCAUGGUUGCCUUUGGUGGCAAAUUUUACGAUGAUUUCUACAUAACAUGGGGACCGGAGAAUGCUAAAAUGCUCGAUUAUGGGCAGCUCUUGACUCUAUCCCUCAAUAGUGUCAGUGGCUCGGCAUUUGAGUCCUACAAUCAAUAUCUAUAUGUAAAGAUAGACAUGCAAAUCAAACUUGUUGCCGGAAACUCUGCCGGUACCGUCACUACAUUCUACUUAUCCUCAACAGGAAAUCAUCAUGAUGAGAUAGACUUUGAAUUCUUGGGAAAUGUUACUGGUCAGCCUUACAUUCUUCAUACGAAUGUCUUUUGCCAAGGACAGGGCAACAAAGAGCAGCAAUUCUACCUUUGGUUUGAUCCUACUGCCGAUUUCCACACAUAUUCUAUCCUUUGGAAUCCCCUAAACAUUGUCUUCUUGGUAGAUGGCAUUCCCAUUAGACAGUUCAAGAACCUGGAGUCCUUUGGCAUUCCAUUUCCCAAAUACCAGCCUAUGAGGUUAUACUCCAGUCUCUGGAAUGCGGAUAACUGGGCUACAAGAGGUGGACUGGAGAAAAUAGAUUGGACGCAAGCACCCUUUACUGCAUCUUACAGGAACUUCAAUGCCAAUUCUGAUUCCCAUGGAGCAUGGUACUGGAAGAAGGUGGAUUAUUCGGGUAAAGGGCAGAUACAAUGGGUGCAAAAUAACUAUAUGAUCUACAACUACUGCACAGACUCGAAGCGAUUCCCCCCAGGGUUUGCUCCUGAAUGUUAUUUGACUAAUCUGUCCUAGACACAACUCGGCUGAUUUUUACAAUAAACCUAUGUUGAUGAGGCUGGCUUGUAAAAGCACGUCUCGCCUUGAUGAUGAGCUGUGGAACAAUAUCAUA